GUGGAUAUUUUGCUAGCGCUUUGUCUUGUAUAUAUGCUGUGCUGUGCUAGUGUGUCAUGGUUCGCCAACUAAAAGGGCCAGUCAAGAAAGAGAGUAAGAAAGAGAAGCGACAGAGAAGACAAGAGAACGUGGUAGGAAAAGAGAGAGGCCUGUACUUGGCUAUCCCACUCGUACUGGCAGCUUUGCUAGUCAUAUUCCUCCUCUUCUACUGGAACACUACAUCAUGAGUGAUCCACGCUUUGCUCAUGUGACCUCUGACCCCCGAUACAAGAGAGUUCCACGUAGAGAAGCAAAGGUCAACAUUGAUGCACGCUUUCAACACAUGUUCUCUGACAAAAGGUUCAAAGUUCAAUAUAAUGUGGAUAAAAGAGGUCGAAAGGUCAAUGAGAGCUCCAGUGAGGAUUUGAGAAAGUAUUACCAAUUAGAAGAGCCUGUAGUUAACGAGGAGUCUGAUGGGGAAGCCCCUGAGGAAGGAGAGACUAACGAGGAGUCUGAUGGGGAAGCCCCUGAGGGAGGAGAGGCUAACGAAGAGUCUGAUGGGGAAGCCCCUGAGGAAGGAAGUACUAACGAGGAGUCUGAUGGGGAAGCCCCUGAGGAAGGAAGUACUAACGAGGAGUCUGAUGGGGAAGCCCCUGAGGAGGGAGAGACUAAUGAGACUGCCAAUGAGGUGAUCCAUGAUUGGGGGGGUGUGUCAGAGGUGGUGGUUGAUGAGAAGACAAGUAAGCGCCUCGCUGUAUGCAAUAUGGACUGGGACAGAAUCAACGCUAAUGAUAUAUUUGCAUUAGCCCACUCCUUCAAGCCCAGUGAGGGAAGUGUGUGUCGGGUGACUGUAUAUCCUAGUCAGUUUGGGAGAGAGAGGCUAUCACAAGAAGAGCUUAUAGGGCCGGUGUCAGCAGGAGAUGAUGGAGUGGUCAGUCAAGAGAGCCUGCGACGCUAUCAACUGGACAGACUCCGGUACUACUAUGGAGUGAUCGAGUGUGAGAGUGUACACACAGCAGAGGCUAUCUAUGAGCAGUGUGAUGGUUUAGAGUACGAGCACAGUGGGGGACAACUGGAUCUCAGGUUUAUUCCUGAUGACAUGUGCUUCUCUGAUGUUGAGGUAGAGUCGACUGCUACUGGGUCCUCGAUGCCUCACAGCUUCAGUCCUGCAGUGUUUGUGAGCAAGGCUUUGCAGCAAUCAAGAGUUGAGUUGACUUGGGACCAAACUGAUUCCCAUAGACUGCAGACCACUAUGAGGAAGUUCUCUAAGGAAGAUGAAGCAGGAAUGGACUUCAGUGCUUACCUUGCAUCAGAUGGUGAGGAGGACACUAGCAAUGGACACAAGUAUCAGGCUCUCUUAGAAAAAGAGAUCAAAGGCCACGAUGCAGCAGGAGGAAAGGUCAAAGGUCAACCUGGCGGGGAUCAAAUGGAGAUCACAUGGGAGCCAGGACUUAAAGAGAGUACUACAAAGCUGCUCAAGAAAAAACAACGAGGAGAUGGUCUAUCUCGCUGGGAGAAGUAUGUACAAGAUAAGCGAAAGAAAAAGAAGGAUAGAAAAAAAGAGAAGGAGACGAUCAGUUCUGAGGUUGUGGGAUUCGAUGAUGACUUCUUCCAAAAGUCCACCACCACCAAAACUCCUUCUCAGGGCUCUAGGAAGAGAGGAGCUCCAGCAUUGGCCCCAGCCUCUGCAGAGCUGGAUCUGCUCACAAUGGAUGAUGCCCAGUCAGGCUCUAAUGAGAGGGGCUUUGAUGUGAUGGACCCUCGCUUUGGGGCUCUGUAUGAGUCUCCAAUGUUUGCCCCUGAUCCAGCACACCCACGCUACAAACACACCGAGGCUAUGGAGGCUAUAAUGAAAGAGAAGAUGCGUAGACGAAUAGGCAGGACAGAUGCCAGUGUGGAGCCACUGGUAGAGGCAGUAAAGAGGAAGACCAACGCUUUCAAAAAACGCAGGAAAAUGCAACCCAAACAGAACACUAACUCUCUUACAUAGUUGAUUGUGUGUGAGGUACAAUACUGUAGCUGGAUAAUAAUUACGUGUUUAGCAAAAUUGA